GCUGAAUAAUUUUUUUCCUAAAAUUGGGCGUACCGAAUAAUUCUCUCUAGGUAGGGGCCCUGCCUAUAAAUGAAUGUGACUGUCAAUUACGGGUCUAACUUGUUUAGUCACGCACAAGCCAAAUCAGCUUUCAAGAGUCAAAGAAAUGGACUCUGCUUUGCUUCUUCUUCCUCUUCUAGUUCUGUCCACAUUCCACGGCUCUUCCAACGGUGCAGCACAGCCAACAAGCGCCAGCCCCACCGCUCUGCCAACCGCCGCCAGCGAAUUCCUAGAAGCACACAACCAGGCAAGAGCAGCAGUUGGGGUUGGCCCUCUCGAGUGGAGCGAGAAGCUAGCCAAUGCCUCUAGCAGACUAGUCAGGUACCAAAGAAACAAAAUGGGUUGUCAAUUUGCCAACCUCAUUAACAGCUCCUACGGUGGAAACCAACUAUGGGCUAGUGGCAUGGCUGUGACUCCACGCAUGGCUGUUGAUCACUGGGUGCAAGAGAAGAUUUACUACAACCAUGCUAGUAACUCCUGUGUACCAAAUCACCAGUGCGGUGUUUACACUCAGGUUGUGUGGAAGAAGUCUCUGGAAUUGGGAUGCGCACAAGCUGCUUGUGUAAAGGAGCGAGCCAGUUUAACUGUGUGUUUCUAUAAUCCCCCUGGGAAUGUUGUAGGAGAGAGCCCAUAUUAGAGAAGCUGCCCUCGUAUGUAGCUUCUUUAGGCUUUGUUUGUGAAAUGGGUUUCUCAAUAUUUAAAUGCUAAUGAGAUCUGAAAUCAUGGUGUAGUACUAUAAAUUAAUCUUUAAUUGUGCUCUAGAUUAAAGCU